AUGAAAAGUGGUUGUGAUUAUUUACUUGUGCACUCUGGUAAUCGAGAUUGCUUGUCGGUCUUUUGUCCUGAAACAUAUGCUAAGUGUUUGGAGUUAAAUCUUCCUAGGCAUAAGAGUGGUUCCUCUUUCCACAUUUAUGGUUCCUGCAAUGGAUUGCUUUGUAUAUCUGAUAAUACUAUGAAGCGUACAUAUUUAUGGAAUCCAUCAAUCAGGAAGUUCAAGAGACUUCCCAAAAGUCUCAAUCGUGACAAGUAUCGUUACAGCAUCGCUACCAUUGCUCUUGGGUUUGGACUCGAUGUUGGUGGAAAUGACUACAAAGUUGUGAGAAUUGCGAGUUUUUCGCACGGCAUAUGUGUCGAGGUUUACAGCCUUAGGUUGGAUUCUUGGAGAAUAAUCAAUGCGCUUCCCCCUGUGACAAGCGACGUUUGGAAUGAGAAAUGGGCUUACUUGAAUGGAGUUGUGUAUUGGAUUGUACAGGAGUUUUCUCCAGAUUGGAGAGACAUCAUUUCUUUUGAUAUGGAGAAUGAGGUUUUCCAAAGGAUUAUGCUUCCUGAUAGACUGCUCACAGUGACAGAUUCAAUUUCCAUUAGGGUGUUGGAGAAAUCACUUUCUUUGUUCCAUCAUAGAAAAGACUGGGAUCGUGGGUACCGUUACUACUAUGACAUAUGGGUUCUGGCAAUGGAUUCCUGGAAAAUGAUUCGCACGAUUCCUCUUCCGGCAAAGGGAAAAAUUGCAUGGCCAUUGGCAUUUACAGCAAAUGGCGGUGUUCAUUUUACAAUGAGAUACGAAAAUUGGCAACACAGAAAGUUAAGAGUUGUACGAUCCUAA